GGAUUUAAGAAUGUUUUGUACUGAAAUAAAUCCAUCUCUUAAUUCCACUUUUUCGUGAACUUUUUGAACUUCCCACGUAUGUUGUAAGGGCUUUGUCUUUCCAGCAUUUUGUAAAGCAGGUCUUCUACUUAUAAAAGACAAUGACUACUGAUGAAGGUGCCAAGAACAAUGGAGAAAGCCCAGCAGCCACUGUUGCUGAACAGGGAGAGGAUAUUACCUCCAAACAAGACCGGGGCGUGUUAAAGAUUGUCAAAAGAGUGGGGAAUAGUGAGGAAACACCAAUGAUUGGAGACAAAGUUUAUGUCCAUUACAAAGGAAAAUUGUCAAAUGGAAAGAAAUUUGAUUCCAGUCAUGAUAGAAAUGAACCAUUUGUUUUCAGUCUUGGCAAAGGUCAAGUUAUCAAGGCAUGGGACAUUGGGGUGGCCACCAUGAAGAAAGGAGAGAUCUGCCACUUGCUGUGCAAGCCAGAAUAUGCGUAUGGCUCUGCUGGCAGUCUCCCCAAAAUUCCCUCCAAUGCAACGCUCUUUUUUGAGAUUGAGCUCCUUGAUUUCAAAGGAGAGGAUUUAUUUGAAGAUGCAGGUAUUAUUCGCAGAAUCAAACGGAAGGGAGAGGGAUAUUCAAACCCAAACGAAGGAGCAACAGUAGAAAUCCAUCUGGAAGGCUGCUGCGGUGGAAGGAUGUUUGACUGCAGAGACGUGGUCUUCGUUGUGGGCGAAGGAGAGGACCACGACAUUCCGAUUGGAAUCGACAAAGCGCUGGAGAAAAUGCAGCGGGAAGAACAGUGUAUUUUGUAUCUCGGCCCACGAUAUGGUUUUGGAGAGGCAGGGAAGCCUAAAUUUGGCAUUGAACCUAAUGCUGAGCUUAUAUAUGAAGUUACACUUAAGAGCUUCGAAAAGGCCAAAGAAUCCUGGGAGAUGGAUACCAAAGAAAAGUUGGAGCAGGCUGCCAUUGUCAAAGAGAAGGGAACUGUGUACUUCAAGGGCGGCAAGUACAUGCAGGCGGUGAUUCAGUACGGGAAGAUAGUGUCCUGGCUGGAGAUGGAGUAUGGCUUGUCAGAGAAGGAAUCGAAAGCUUCCGAGUCGUUUCUGCUCGCCGCCUUUCUGAACCUGGCCAUGUGCUACCUGAAGCUCCGCGAGUACGCCAAAGCCGUUGAGUGUUGCGAUAAGGCCCUGGGACUGGACAGUGCCAAUGAGAAAGGCCUGUACAGGAGGGGUGAGGCCCAGCUACUCAUGAAUGAGUUUGAGUCAGCCAAGGGGGACUUUGAGAAGGUGCUGGAAGUCAACCCCCAGAACAAGGCUGCACGGCUGCAGAUCUCCGCCUGCCAGCGGAAGGCCAAGGAGCACAACGAGCGAGACCGCAGGAUCUACGCCAACAUGUUCGCCAAGUUCGCGGAGCAGGAUGCCAAGGAAGAGGCCAGUAAAGCACUGGGCAAGAAGACGUCGCAAGGGGUCCCCGGCGAAAAACGCACCGAAAGCCAAGCGAUGGAAGAAGAGAAGCCUGCAGGCCACGUAUGACGCCACGCCACGGAGGGACCAGAGUCCCCCGAACUCGGCCCCUCCUCGUGGGCUUUCACCCAACUCAGGACUAAACAGUGUUUAAUGUAAACUUUUGCUCUAGUCUAUGUGAUUCUGGAAGCAUAUGGAAAACUGGUAGCUUCCCAAGAAACAGCCACCCUGCUGCUGCCCAGUGGGUCCCUGGAGAGGGUGGUGUGGGACCACUCCAGGUGGCCAGAACAGCAGUGCCUGCUGGGGCGGAGACUGAGCCAGCAGCUUAAGUCCAGGUCAUUUCAGUGGAUGUCAGUUUUGCGUAUCCCGUGUAAGGUCCCCUUGUGAUAAUCCUAACCAUUUGGAGCUGUCUGUUCGGUUUUACAUCUGAACUCUAAUAGCACUGCAGAGACCUUGUAAAAACACUCACUCACUGAAUUUCUCCUUUCCUACACGUCGGGGGAGGGGGUCUGGUUUCCUAAAUGACUGAAGUGCCCUGGACACGGCUGUUGCACGUGCACCCCGCAGGUCCCCAGCUCCCCGCCGCUCACAGCAGCGCCACACACUUGAAAGCCAGGGUGGAGGACGCUCGCUUGCUGCAGGCUUAGCCACCUGCCCCACCCCUCCUCAGCCGCCUGGCCUCUGGGGUUAACUCUGUCAUUCCAAGCCACUCUUCAGCCACCACGAGGAGUUUCGGGAGCAGCCUUCCCUGUUGGGGCAGGAUUCUGGGAGGCCGAGAGGCCAUCAGAACCAUGCUUUCGCUCCCUCCUCCACGCCCUCUGGGAGCCAACGCUGAGUCCACAGCACUUCCUGCGGGCACUGCCGGCCACACGGCUUCUCUUCCUCCGUUCCCACCCUUGCUGUUGGGAAUGCCAGACCUGUUCUUGCACCACCUUGGACCUGGCGUGCAUUGAUUUCCACGUCCGGUCAGGACAGUUGCAGCCCUUUUUGUCCGUCUUCACUCCCUGGCCCGUACGUGGCUGUGUUCUGCUCUGUGGAACCUCACACUCCUCCCUCCUGCCAAAAAGAUCCUGAGUUUUCACUACCAAGUAGCCUAAUUUUUAAGAGCAAAGUCUGCGGGGUGAACAGACAAGCAGUGGCUCUCCACGUGAAGGGUUUUCCCUGCAGCUUGGAAACACAGUCUGUCCCCGUGCUGUGGCUCCUCCGCACUGGCCAGCUUCCCACACAGGUGAAUCAGCCUCGUCCACUCUCUGGUCCGAAAUCAGCAGGUACAUGAGGCUUAGCCUCAGGCCUCACAGGCGAGUGAGAUCCUGCAGGGCUCUCGGUGCCUGUAGGCUAAGAAGCACUCGUGGGGAUGCAUUUGGCCGGGAGAGCAUAAGCUCGAACCCAGAACGUGGCUCUGUUCAGUCCUAAAGAACACUGACAGGUGUAUUUUAAAUUAGUGCUCGCUUUUAUGGUGGUUUUAACAAAGCACUCAUUGUUAGGUUAGGACCAAUCUUAACACCUAAAAGUCAAGUCGUUUCCUUUCAUAUAAACAAUUCUCUUCUCCAUGGAACACAUCCAAUUAAAUUGUGAGCUUUUGUCUUUAACGGUAACUGAAACUUCUAAUUUCCUAUCUACGCUUUUUUUUUCUUUUCUUCAUGCAGUAUUUCUUUAAAAAGCCUCAGUGUCGCCUAAGACAUAUGAAGGGCAAAAGUUGGUUUUGCUUCCUGGUCAGGGUAUGCAGCUCUGUUGACUGGGUCUGGACUCCAGUGAGGCCAAGGUGGGACCUGGAUCCUCUGCAGGCAGUUAGCAUUUUGCAGGUAAUUAGAAACCAAUUCCAAAAAUUGGGUCCCAGCCCACUGUCUCCCAGGAGUGUGUGCCCAGCGGGGAGUGGAGGAGGACAAGGGCCCUCACCACCCACAGGAGGGAACACCACGUGGUCCUGGGGCAGAUUCAGAGGCCGGGAAGUGUGCGGCGGCCGCUGGACGUUUCUGGACCACCUUCCAGACUGCCCGCGAGUGGUGAAUCGGCAUAUGACGACUUAAAAACAAGUUAUUUUUUAAAAAAAUCAUUUAGAUGCGUUUUUGUGUGUGUGCUCCUUAAAUAAAUCCAAAGCAGCAAAAUAUGA